AUGUCAGAAUUUGAGGAUUUCAGUGGGUUUCCAGGAGCCAUUGGAGCAAUUGAUGGAACUCACAUAUCCAUAAUACCGCCAGGUGAAAAUGAGGCUGAUUACGUGAAUCGAAAAAGUUUUCAUUCAAUUAUCCUACAAGCUGUUUGUCGACACGACCGACUAUUUAUAGAUAUUAACUGUGGAUGGCCUGGGCGUGUCAAUGAUGCCAGGGUCUUCAGGAACUCUGAAGUUUGUCAACACCAGGCACUAUGUGGACCACAUCCUCUUGUAGGAGAUGGAGCAUACCCACUCUCAUCAUACUUGAUGAAACCAUACCGGGAAAGUCAGAAUAUGACAGCAGCUGAAAAGAUUUUCAACAAAACACUUUGCAGAGCCAGGGCAAUCACUGAACAUGCUUUUGGUGUAUUAAAAGGAAGAUUUAGGCGCUUGCAACACAUUAACAUGGUUGAUAUAGAAUACAUUGUGAAAACUGUUGUUGCCGCAUGUGUGGCAUAA